GAGCCCUUUGUUUCUUCUACACAUAUUUCACAUCUCUCUCUCUCGCUCUCGUUAGACGUAUAAGUUUAAGGAAAAAAAAAAACUUAAAAGAAAAAGCCCUAGAAGUCUCUAUUACUCGUGGUUGCUAAUCAUUAUCAAGCAAUAUGAUUAAUUUUGAGGCGACGGAGCUGAGGUUAGGGCUGCCGGGUGGGAAUCACGGAGGAGACAUUGCCGCGAAAAAUAAUGGGAAAAGAGGGUUUUCUGAGACCGUUGAUCUCAAGCUGAAUCUUUCAUCGACGGCUCUGGAUUCGGUUUCCGAAGUUGAUAUACAGAAUUUGAAGGAGAAAGUCGUAAAACCACCUGCCAAGACACAAGUUGUAGGAUGGCCACCGGUACGAUCUUUCCGGAAGAACGUCAUGUCCGGCCAAAAGCAAACCACCGAAGUUGCAGCUGAAGGCACCGAGAAGACUUGCGGCAGUAGCGGAGCCACCUCCUCCGCCAAUGCCGCCGUGGCUUACGUGAAGGUUAGCAUGGACGGCGCACCAUACCUAAGAAAAAUUGACUUGAAACUGUACAAAACAUACCAAGAUCUCUCCGACGCCUUAAGCAAAAUGUUCAGCUCCUUUACCAUAGGCAACUAUGGACCACAAGGAAUGAAGGAUUUUAUGAAUGAGAGUAAAUUGAUCGAUCUUUUGAACGGAUCAGAUUAUGUUCCAACGUAUGAAGAUAAAGAUGGUGACUGGAUGCUUGUAGGAGACGUACCUUGGAAGAUGUUUGUUGAUUCAUGCAAACGUAUAAGGAUAAUGAAGGGAUCAGAAGCAAUCGGACUUGCUCCAAGGGCAUUAGAAAAGUGCAAGAACAGAAGCUAAGAGUUCUUAACGACAUUUCUUGAAAUUACCAACAAAUGAAGGAAAACCGGUUCGAUCGGUUCGAUAUCUCAAACCGAGAAAAGCCAAACCGGCUCGAAACUAUUGUUCCGAGCAGGGAGUUUGCGUAUUGUAUUAAUCUAUAAUAAUAUUGUGAUGUAUUACAUUUUAUAAUAUAAACCUUUUUUGUUAUAUGAUGUAUUAUAAUAUAUACAUUUAUAAAUAUAAAAAUGUAUAUUUUAUUAGGUUGCAUCUAUUUCCGCAUUAGUUUAAUUUUUAAACAACGUCUGUUUACGCAUUAUUGUAUUGUCUAUAUGGAAGUGUCCGUAAGACAUCCUAAUGUGUUACUUUGGCGUGACAGAUUAUUAUCACGUCUACUCUA